AUGAGUAGAUCAAAUCAGAUUGAGCUGAUGGGCAAGAGCAUUAUUUUGCAAGAUUCGCUGUCACUUCAUGAAUUUAGUCUACUCAGCCAACUUAGGAAAACACCAACUGUCAAAACUCUUCUAAUUCGUAAAAAUGACACUCGAGAACUCCUUAUAAUGAGAAUGAUUAAGAAACGAUCAAAAAUUUCUGUGCCUCUAUUAACUUUUUUUAUUUUUUUAAAAAAUGUUUAAAAUAUAUAUUUAUAGCUAAAAAUAUUUUAAAAAUUUAUUUUUGAAUGGAGUAAGAAUCCAACAAGAAAUUCAGCAUCCUUUUAUCUGUCCUGUAAAAUACACCUUUGAAAACUCAAAGAGAAAGUAUUAUGUAUUUGAUUGCUUUCAAACAUGUGGCGAAUUGAUAAACUGGUCUAAUAAUAGGCUUUUUGAUGAAGAAACAGUAAAGUUUUAUUCUGCGUGCAUUUUAUUAGCAGUUUUACAUUAUCAUCAAAAUAGCAUUGCUUAUCUCAAGUAAAAAUUAUUUAGUCUAAAUCUUGAAAAUGUAUUGGUUGAUUCCCAAGGGUAUGCAAAAUUAAUAAGCCGUGAAGCUUGUGGAGAAAUUGACAAUGGAGAAAUUUCUGAGUUUUUAGCACCUGAAGUGAUAUUUAAAGAAAAAUUUGGAUUUUCCGCUGACGUGUGAUCACUGGGAGCUUUUAUAUAUAAAAUGCUAGUUGGGUCACGAAUUUAUUCUAAAAAUCAAUUAUUAGAAAAAGUAGAUCUAGAGCAAUUAAAAUUCCCAUCAAAUAUUUCAUAUGAUUAGAGUAAAAUUAUAGUGGAUUUUCAGGGAUUAUUUCAGCUCUUGCCAUCCCAUGGAUAGAUUAGUGCUCGCACUAAGCGCUAACCUCACACUUGCCCUUUUUUCUCCUCACGUAGCCAAAAAAUGGCGACGUAGGAGGUCUUUCGGGGAGAUUGCCCUACCCUUCUUAUGGAUCCCAACAAACGAAAAAACUCCCUCAGCUUUCAACAGACCCAGAGCAUAGGUAGACCGCUUUGCCUUAUCAAUGCCCUCUGAGCUGUCUUAUAGGAUCGGUAAUUCUCAAUGGAGUGCUGAAGGACAUUGAACAGUAGGAGCUAAUACAAGCUAGGAAAAAAGUCGAAGGUCAAGCCCUGGACCCAAAAUCCCACCCCAAGAACUAUCACCUUUGGGCUUUUCUUCUCUAGAUCCAGAUCAACUGACGAAUCACCAGAGGCACAUCUAAUCACGCCAUUUAAUAAUUCUUUAUUUCAUAUGAAGCUAAAAAUUUAGUAGAAGCAUUACUUAUUAAAAAUCCAAGCCAAAGAUUAAGCGAACAAGAAAUUAAAAAUCAUCCAUGGUUUGCGAAUAUUGAUUGGGAAAUAUUUAUAAAAUAAAAUGGUUUCUGCUGAAACGAUAAUACUAUUCUGUAAAUUUCCUUUACCUUACCUACUUUUAUUAAUAUAGGGCUAGGUUUUUAUGCAUUGAUUUCUGCAAAAGUGAAGGACCAUUCUACUCUCGCAUUCUUUUUAUGAUGUGUUUUAUCUCUUUCCACUGAUGAUAUAGAAGGCAUGACGAUGAAGCCGGGCAGGUACUUGAGGAAAGCCGAAUAGAGCAAGUCAACACGCCAAUCUGCUAGUAUUUUCGUAUUUCUGAAUUUCCGAAUGGCUUUAUGAAUUAGGAGGAGCCAGUCGUACUAUAGUGCCCGAUAUACAUACUAAAGUAGCAAUAAGACUUAAAAAACAUCCCAGUGGCAUUCUGUAUCUAGAGGUUAAGUUAAAUCAAGCAAUAUGAUGAUUGGGAAAGAUUAGAGUCUAAAGAAAUAGAGUCCCCAACGUUGAUAAGGGGAGAAAUCUCACAGAGAAUUCCGCUGGAAUCUAAUUAUCAGACACAAUCAGCAAGAAUAUUUCAAGCCCAAGAUCCGAUUAUAAAUACAAUUUAA